GCUUCGUGGCCAGCAUGACUGCUACUCUGAGACAGAUGGACGACUACCACUACACUCACCUGAUCAACACCUUCGGCAAGAUGAGGACCGACGUUGUGGAUUUCCUGAUGGAAACAUUUAUCAUGUUCAAGGACCUCAUUGGGAAGAAUGUCUACCCUGGUGACUGGGUCAUCAUGAACAUGAUGCAGAAUAAAGUGUUCCUGAGGGCCAUUAAUCAGUAUGCAGCCGUGUUAAACAAGAAGUUCCUGGAUCAGACCAACUUUGAGCUUCAGCUGUGGAACAACUACUUCCACCUUGCCGUGGCGUAUCUUACCCAGGAGUCCUUGCAGCUUGAGAACUUCUCCAGCGACAAACGAUCCAAGAUCUUCCAGAAGUGAGUUACAUUACCCCAUCACACACUCCCCAGAGGACAGUAGUACAUUACCCCCGUCACACACUCCCCAGAGGACAGUAGUACAUUACCCCGUCACACACUCCCCAGAGGACAGUAGUACAUUACCCCCGUCACACACUCCCCAGAGGACAGUAGUACAUUACCCCGUCACACACUCCCCAGAGGACAGUAGUACAUUACCCCGUCACACACUCCCCAGAGGACAGUAGUACAUUACCCCGUCACACACUCCCCAGAGGACAGUAGUACAUUACCCCGUCACACACUCCCCAGAGGACAGUAGUACAUUACCCCGUCACACACUCCCCAGAGGACAGUAGUACAUUACCCCAUCACACACUUCCCAGAGGACAGUAGUACAUUACCCCAUUACACACUCCCCAGAGGACAGUAGUACAUUACCCCGUCAUACACUGAGGA